AUGAACCUCUGCUCCAAAUGCUUCCGUGAUCUUCGAAUCCAAGACGAGCAAGUCGCUUCCGCCAAAGCCGCCGUGGACAAGCUGGUAAACAAGGUCGUCUCCUUCCCUCCCCAAUCCGCAGCGUCUCCAUCCUCUUCUUUAUCUCCGGCGGCCGUACCUGAAACGGCAUCGCAACCUUCAACGGCGGAGGAGGUGAAGGUAUCAAACCGGUGCUUGACCUGUAAGAAGAAGAUUGGGGUUAUGGGAUUCAAGUGUAAGUGCGGGGAAAGUUUCUGUGGAAGCCAUAGGUAUCCGGAGAAGCAUGAUUGUGAAUUUGAUUUCAAGAGAAGUGGAAGGGACGCCAUAGCUAAGGCUAACCCGGUUGUUAAAGCUGAUAAGGUGAACCGGAUAUGA